AUGGAGCAGCAGAAUCUACCACAUGUGUUCCAGGUGCUUGAAAGUAAGAUGAUCACCUUUGUAAAAAAUGAGCUGAACAGAUUUAAGAACAUUCUUAGUCCAAAUUACCAUGAAGACUUAGAGAAAGAUGAGGAUGAGAAUGAUGCCAGAGAAGGAGCUCUCAAAAUGACACUACACUUCCUAUGGGAGAUGAAGAGAAAGGAUCUUGCUGACAAACUGGAAGAACUGAAUGUUAAUAUUCCUUUUGUUUGUGCACCAGAUGAGCUGGAUGUACUUUGUCGAGCUGAACUGAAAAUGCAUCUCAAGAACAAGUACCAGAGUGUGUUUGAAGGAAUAGCCAUGCAAGGAAACUCUGCCCAGCUCGAAAAGAUCUACACAGAGGUCUACAUCACAGAGGGAGGAAGUGGGAAAGUAAAUGAGGAGCAUGAAGUCAGGCAGAUUGAGUCCAGAUCCAAAAGACCAGUUGAAAGGGAGAAAAAAAUCAAAAGCAGGGACAUCUUCAAGCUCUUACCUGGUCAGGACAAAUCAAGCAGAAGAGUUAUGACAAACGGGGUAGCUGGCAUUGGUAAAACCAUCUCCAUUCAGAAGUACAUCCUGGACUGGGCUGAGGAAAAAGACAACAGUGAUAUCCACUUCAUUUUCCCAUUGCCUUUUCGUGAGCUAAACCUUGUGAGAGAUGAACAUCACUCCUUGAUGAGUCUUCUUCACCACUUCUUUCCAGAGCUGAAGACCUUAACCUUUGGCAAUCAAGGAAAGUAUAAAAUAUUGUUCAUCUUUGACGGCCUGGAUGAAUGUCGACUCCAACUUAACUUUCAGAAGAAUGACAUUUUGACCAAUGUGACAGUUCCAACUUCACUGGAUGUACUCCUCACAAAUCUCAUGAAGGGAAAUCUGCUUCCCUCUGCUCUACUUUGGAUCACCUCCCGACCAGCAGCAGCCAGUCAGAUUCCACCUGAUUGUGUUGACCUUGUCACAGAGAUCCAUGGGUUCAAUGACGCACAGAAGAAGAAGUACUUCAGGAACAGGUUUAGUGAUGAGAGUUUUUCUUGCAGAAUCAUUUCUCACAUUGAAUCAUCAAGAAGUCUCCACAUCAUGUGCCACAUACCAGUGUUUUGCUGGAUCACUGCCUGUGUUCUUGCAGAGAUUCUUGGCUCUUCAGGAGGACGACAGCUUCCAAAAACUUUGACAGAGAUGUACACAUAUUUUCUGAUCUUCCAAACAAAACAGGCCAGUCAAAAAUUUGACAAUGUGCAUGACCCUGAGCCACAAUGGAACAAGAAUCUUAUCCUUUCUCUGGGAAAGUUAGCUUACGAACAGUUGGAGAAGGGAAAUCUGAUCUUCUAUAAAAAGGACCUGCGAGAUUGUGGCAUUGAUGCUAGAGAAGCUGCAGUGCGCUCUGGUGUCUGCACCCAGAUCUUCCGACAGGAAUCUGGAAUUUUUCAAGCAACAGUGUUCUGCUUUAUCCACCUGAGUGUCCAGGAGUUUCUAGCAGCUUUGUAUGUGUUUCUGAUGAUGGCAAACAAAAGGCAAAAUGUGAUCUCCAGACACCAACAUCCCGAAGAAGAAUCCAUGACCAUCUUACACAAGACUGCUGUGGAAAAAGCCCUGCAGUAUAAAGAUGGCCGCUUUGACCUCUUCCUCCGGUUCCUGCUUGGUCUUUCUCUGGAGUCAAACCAGACUCUCCUGCAUGGCCUACUACAGAGAGAACAAAAGCAGAUGUGCAAUGAUGAAACGAUCAGUUACAUUAAGGACAAGAUCAGGGAGGUCCCUUCAACAGAGAGGACAAUCAACCUAUUCCACUGCCUGAAUGAACUGAAUGACCUCUCCUUAGUGCAGGAGAUGCAGAGCUUCUUGGGUGCAGAGAAUCUUUCGGAAGCCCAGCUCUCACCUAGCCAGUGGUCGGCUCUCGUCUUUGUGCUGGUCACAUCAGACCAGAAGCUGGAUGUGUUUGACCUGAAGAAAUACGUCAGAUCUGAUGAAGGUCUCCAGAGGUUGAAGCCAGUUGUGGAGGAAUCCAAAACUGUUCUACUGGCGAACUGUGGUGUAACAGGUGAAGGAUAUGCUGCUCUCGUCUCAGCUCUCAAAUCAAACCCUUCACACCUGGAGGAACUGGACCUGAGAGGAAACGACCCUGGAGACUCUGGAGUAAAGCUGCUUUUGGAAUUACAGCAGGAUCCUGCCUGUAAACUUCAGACACUGAGGCUUAAUGACUGCAGUAUUACAGAAGAGGGAUGUGCUGCUCUGACUUCAGCUCUGGCAACAAACCCAUCACACCUGGGAUUUCUGGAUCUGAUACGUAAUAAACUAGAAGACACAGGAGUGAAGCAGCUCUCUACUCUACUCAGGAUGCCAGAUUGUAAACUACAGCAGCUGUGGCUUGAGUCCUGCAGUAUUACAGAAGAGGGCUGUGCUGCUCUGACUUCAGCGCUGAUUUCAAACCCCUCACAUCUGACAUAUCUGUUUGUGAGUAAUAAUGAACUUGGAGACUCUGGAGUGAAGCAGAUCUCUGCUCUACUCAGGAAUCCAGACUGUAAGCUACAGACACUGGCGCUUCGGGACUGCAGUAUUACAGAAGAGGGCUGUGCUGCUCUGAGUUCAGCGCUGAUUUCAAACCCCUCACAUCUGACAGAGCUGCAUCUGGAUAUUAAUAAACUUGGAGACUCGGGAGUGAAGCAGAUCUCUGCUCUACUCAGGAUGCCAAGCUGUAAACUACAGAAACUGGCGCUUUGGGACUGCAGUAUAACAGAAGAGGGCUGUGAUGCUCUGGCUUCAGCGCUGAUUUCAAACCCCUCACACCUGACAUAUCUGUCUCUGAAUAAUAAUACACUUGGAGACUCUGGAGUGAAGCAGAUCUCUGGUCUACUCAGGAAUCCAGGCUUUAAACUAAAGGAACUGUGGCUUGAGGACUGCAGUAUAACAGAAGAGGGCUGUGCUGCUCUGACUUCAGCGCUGAUUUCAAACCCCUCACACCUGAGACAGCUGCAUCUGACUGGUAAUACACUUGGAGACUCAGGAGUGAAGAAGAUAUCUGCUCUACUCAGGAAUCCAGACUGUAAACUACAAACACUAAGCCUUAGGGAUUGCAGUGUAACAGAAGAGGGUUGUGCUCUUCUGACAUCAGCUCUGGCAUCAAACCCCUCCUCACACCUCAUAGAGCUGUAUCUAGAUUACAAUAAACUAGGAGCCUCAGCAGUCAAGCAGAUCUCUGCUCUGGUGGAAGACCCAAACUACAGACUUGAGAAAUUACACUUGGAAAACACUGGGAAGUAGCCUCUUAGUGCAGAUGGGGCCGACAGCUGGCCUAUUCACUAUUUGCUGAAAAUACUCAACUACAUCAUAACAGCAUCGCUAUGACAUUACAGAGAGCCUUAAGUAAUAGAUUAAGAUAUAGCCAUUACAAUUUUGGUGACAGUGAGGUUAUAACAUACAGUAGGCUCUGGUGACAGUAAGGUUGUAACAUAGGCUCUGGUGACAGUAAGGUUAUAACAUAGGCUCUGGUGACAGUAAGGUUAUAACAUAGGCUCUGGUGACAGUAAGGUUAUAACAUAGGCUCUGGUGACAGUAAGGUUAUAACAUAGGCUCUGUGCUAAGGGGUUAAUUCAAAGCCAAAGGAAACCGCUGUAAGUCAUGCCAAAAUCAAAACAAACUCCUGUAAUAUGUUAUAAUAAUGUAUAUACUUUUUAGUGACUGUAAUCACUGUAUGUGUGCUUGCCCCUCCGUUUAUUGGUAUGAACGAAUGAAUGAAUGCUGAGAUAUUCUUUAAAGCAGAAUUCACGUUUUAAACAACUUUGUCAUCACUAUAUCUGAUCAUGUGCU